AAAGGCAAUAUGCCAAAACAUUUCUAAAAAUUCAUUAAAAACAGAUGUUAUUAGACUGCUAUUAUUGACAUUGUGUCAGUUCACUGGUACCCACAGGCAGUCAUUUCUGAGCAGGAGUGACGGUAUUUCGCCGCGUGGCUUUGUAUUUUCUUCAUACUACUCUUUACCUUUCAGAAUAACUUAUAACAUUCAAUUCUGACAUUACAUUUCUCAUUUGCAUACUCUAUGUGCUGAAAAUUUCUUAAAUGAAUCUUGUGAAAAUGGAUCUGAAAGGGGUUCUGAAAAAUGCACAUGUUCACUAUGGAUAAUCACGUCGUGUGACACGGUUGGGUAAAUCAGGAAUUCUGGCUGUGUGGCAUAAAUUGAAAUCAGACACCCAGAAAUCCCAUUGCUGUGUGACAGGACAUUUCUGACGAGUUAAGAGUUGUCAAAAUUGUUAGCCUAUGGCAAAGUCUUCAGAAUGUUAUUUUCAGUUUUAACAGGCUAUUUUCCUCCCAAAUAAGUAUUUGUUCUUAAAGACAUUUUAUAUAUUGAAUUCCUGUAGAUUUACUGUAUGAUAUAUGCUACCUUUGUAAGUCAUAACGCAUAUUGGAGAACGCAGUCUGCUGUGCUGAAAUUAUGUUAUGUACAGUAUGUUGGUUUUUAUAUAGCCUACUAUAUUUGAUAAGGGAAAACAAGAGACGUAACCCUAAAAUUGCGGGGGCAGUUGUCCGCAAAUUACGAUAAUCUUAAAAGAUCAACCGGAUCCAAUGAACGACAGUGCUGCUGUUGGAGGACAAGCCUAUAGCAUAGACAAGUUGCUGAGAGUCAUUUGCUGAUCACAGAUGUUCCACGAAUGAGGCUUAACGCUGUGUCACUCAUUGCUUGGAGCGUGCAGUGCUUGUACAAAUCCCUCUCAUAUGUGUAGAGGCGUGCGAGCUUUCUCUAGUUGCCUACUGCACGUUCAUUUCAGUCAUAUUGCUUACAAUAUCACGGCCACAGGGCUGUGCCAUGCCAAAGGCACUAUUUUGAAUAUUAUUCAAUGUAUCUAAACGAGCAUUCAGGAAGAUCACGGAGCAAAAGGGAACUAUGACCAGGUUGUGCUAGGAGGACGAAGAGGAAGGAAGACAGCAGUGCUUUUCUGAUGAACGUGGAUUGAUAAAUGUUAUUUCUUUUACCGUUGACGAUCAUGCUUUAUUUUCAGCUGGUGAUAAUGGCUGGGACUGUCAUGCUGGCUUAUUACUUCGAGUACACCGACACUUUCAACGUGCACGUACAAGGAUUUUUCUGCUAUGACAAUUCCUAUACGAAGCCCUACCUUGGACCUGAGGAGUCGAGCGCUAUUCCUCCAGCCCUCCUUUAUGCGGUGGUCGCCGGAGUCCCCACACUUGUGAUAACCGUUACAGAGUCCGUCCUGUUUUUGCUGCAAUAUACCUCUAAAGAUCUAGAUAACCGUGAGAAGACCAUCGUCACAGGAGACUGUUGUUACCUCAACCCUCUUGUGCGUAGGACUUUCCGCUUCUUGGGUGUGUACACGUUCGGCCUGUUCACCACGGACAUCUUCGUGAACGCGGGCCAGGUGGUGACGGGGAAUCUGGCGCCUCACUUCCUCACCGUGUGCAAACCCAAUUACACGGCCCUGGGCUGCCAGCAAGCCCUGCGCUUCAUCAGCCACCAGGAGGCCUGCACCGGCAACGAGGACGACAUCCUGCGCGCACGCAAAACCUUUCCCUCUAAAGAGGCCGCCCUCAGCGUCUACGCCGCGCUCUAUCUCGCCAUGUAUAUCACCUGCACAGUGAAAGCCAAAGGAACCAGACUAGCAAAGCCUGUUCUGUCUCUGGGCCUCAUGUGCCUGGCCUUCCUGACUGGGAUCAACAGAGUAGCCGAGUACAGGAAUCACUGGUCUGACGUCAUUGCAGGGUUCGUUAUAGGAGUGGCCAUAGCUACCUUUCUGGUUGUGUGUGUGGUUCACAACUUCAAAGGAAAGUUGUUGCUGAGUGAAAAUCCACCACAGGACAGCAUGACCAAUGCUCCCAUGAUCAACCUGCCCAGAGUAGAGAGCCCACUGGAAAAAUACAUCGCCUCACAGGUUUCAGACCUUAGGGAGGAAGAGGCACUCCCAUCUACCUCAUUCAAAGCACGGCUCAUGAGGUUCUUUAGCUGGAUCACAGGGAUGAGUCGAUUCGAUCACCGGCAUCACACAAGGCAAUAAACGUAUGCGCACCUGUGUGGAGAGAAGGCUGCUAAGGCUCUGGAGAAUGCUAAUGUUUGAUUUGGCCCAGUUUCUUUCAUAUAAAAAAUGGCACAAGUAAAUUGUUUUUUUUUUUUAAACAACAAACAAAACAAAAAAAAACUUCCAUGAAAUUUAUGAAUACUAUAAUUUCAUUCCAUUAUCCAGAGGACUUGGCACUCAAGUAUUUGGCUGUUUGUGUGAACCUUAUUCUGUCUGUUUGCUUGUUUUAUCCACUUUGUCUGAAAAUUCUCUAUAAGGUCACAUGGGCCUUACAGGCCUUAACAAUACAGACCUUUAGUCUUUUCACUGAUGUCUACAAAUAAAAAUGUCUACAAAAUAGCCACACAAACACUGCACAGUGACAGUGGUUUACACCUUCCAAGAGUACUUGCAGCUGAGGUAAAAACUGUACUCAAAGCUUUAAGCACUCAUUAUACCCCUGUUUUCAACAAGUAUCAGAACACUUGGUGAGUUUAAUUGUGUUUAAUAAAACUGUUUAAUUCAUAUUUCUAUCAGACCUGGAAUGGCAUUAUUAGUUAAACCAUAGAGUAUGAAUAAAGGUGUGCUUUUUCACAAAAUAAAAACAACAGGCAAAUCUUUGAACUACACAUUGCUUGUGUGCGAUUAAUUCAGUUUCUUCUUCAAUAAUGGAACUUGUGGUUAUUUGAUUGACUGUGAGAAAAUGCAUGCUGUGAAAUCUCUGAGAAGUAUUUGCAUUUUCUCCAGGAAAUUUUUGGUUUCUUUUGGUGGACGUUUUCUCUGAAAGAAGUUAUUGUAGUGAUGACAAAAAAUUUUACUGUUCCAGAGAAGAAAACACUUCCACCUCUGGGAAAGCUGAAUAUAAUUGAUAUACUACAAAUGUUCACUGUCAAAUGAAAGGCAUUCUGAAGCUUGAUGCUGUCAAGCAAGGAAGACAGAAGAUUCGCUGUAUAGUGACAGUCAAGGCACCCACUAGAUUUAAGGGUUCAAUAUAUGGCAAAACAAAUGUUUCAAUAUAUCCUCCAAAGACCUGGUAAUUAAUUUUGUCCCCAGUGGCAGACAAGAGUCUCAAUUUUUGGGUCUUAAUCCCAAAAGCCAUAUGUUCUACUAUGCUGAAAUCUACACUACUAGGGACAUUCAGCAAAAUUAAAAUAAGUAAUAUUUUUGAGAAUAUUUUUGCUACAAUGCAACAUGUUUUUGUCACCCAAGACACUUGCAUUAUGUCAAAAAUGAAAAUACUUACUGUUUUUUUUUCUGGUUGGAUCACAGGAGGAUAUUAAUACUAACAAUAGUGAAGUACUUAUAAUAGAAAUGUUUUACAUAUUAGUUGAAAAUAUGACAAAUUGGCACUGAAUGUCAUACUCCAAUACUUCUAAACAAUGAGCAGUAUAUAUGGUCAUAUUUGUAUUGUGAAAUCACUGCUUUAACGGUCUUAACAGCAUUAGAGUCAUAUAUAAGAAUGAUCACCACAGCCAGUGGACCACACAGGACCAAAAACGACACAUUACAGUAAUAUGGAAAUAUCAGUCCUCUGUGUGAUAUCCUGUUCACUCACACUGUAAAUGGGUAAAUAUUAACACCUAUCCCUUUUCUGGUACAAAUGGCUCGAUUGCAUCUCACCAGGCUCGUUUGGUUUCAGAUUUGGGGAGCAGACAGGGGUUAUAUGGCAGUUGAACAAGAUUAUCAAGGUAGCAUGGAGAUACAGUGCUUCUGCCCGCAAUGCAUGGCUGCUUCUCUUGCUAUGAUGGGUUCUUCAGGCCAUGGCAAAAAUCCAAAGAUGGCAGGUUUGGCUGCUUAAAAGCACUGGAGUGCUUCCACACACCAGUAUGCUUGCCCUGCUGCAAGCCAAACCUGUGCAAAAGCUGCUUAUAUAUACACUGCACUUCACCUAGUUUAUAUAAUGUUAUCAUUUAAAAAUAUGUUUGAUAUUUCAUUCAAAUUUCAACUAUGACAUUUUAUCCUAUGUCCAUCUGCAUGAAUGGUACCAUCGUAUUCUUGACCAAUAUGUACAAACAGUCUCAGAUAAUCCGUUUUAGCAUUCCUGCAAGGAUCUCAUGUUUGUUUGUUUGUCCCACAGAAUCACAUCGCCUUCGCUGAAGUCACAUGACGUUGAAGCCGCCGUUUGCCAGACGCAUUGGACAUCAUCGCUGUUCACUGUCCAGUUGUCGUAGUGCAAUGCUAAUUCUCAUUGUUUAUAAUAAUUUAGUUUACACUCUCUUCAUCCAUGUCGGUGUUUAAAGAUCCUCAGUCUUGACGUGAAAUAACAGUGCAUUUAAGAUACUUCCUGCUUUUUCACAUUUUUUUUUCAGAUACUCUGAUUUUUUAGCAGCCACUUUAGAUCUUUUAGUGUUGUUUUAAGUCUAUGUCUGAGACUAAAAGUCUAUGAAGGCUCUUUUUUAAAGAAAGAAACCUGACCGUGGCAACUUCUGCAGUUUGUGUGCAGCUUGUGAUUAAGGACAAAAUAAAUGGAAUUACCCUACAACAUCACAGAUACACAAAUACAACAAAAUUGUUAUAUUUUUAUGAAUGGUGAUCAAUACAUUUAUUUUUUAGUGAUAUUUUAUUAAGUUAAUUCAAGCAUUUCAUUCGGUAACGUGGAAUUCUCUUGUAUUGGUAGAGCGGAUACAUGGAAUUAUGAUCUCCCUAAAAUAUAAGACAUAAUAUUUUUAUGUUAUAAUAUUUUGUAUGCUUGUAAACUAAGCAAUUUAUUCAGGUUAUUUUGAUAUUACGGAUGAGCACUCUGUUUGAGAGGUAUCAUGUUAAUACUGUGCUGUUUACCACACAUGAACA